AUGGAGGUCUCCGAGACUGCUAACUCCUUGCAGUUGCCAAACUCCAUCCCCUUCUGGCGACUAGUCCUCAACCCCGGUGCCAUCACCCAAGAGGUUGCUGACCACCAUUAUGUCGGCUCAGGGACCGAACAAGAUCCCUAUGUCGUGGAUUGGAUGCCCAAGGACUUUCGAAACCCUCUUCAAUUAAAAACAUCUAUGAAAUGGUUCAUCACCGUGGUCGCCGCCCUCGAGACCUUGGUCGUUGCUCUGGUCUCGUCCGCUUAUACUGGUGGUAUCGUUCAGAUUCAAGAACGAUUUGGCGCAACCACCGAGGUUGCGACCUUGGGAGUAUCCCUCUACCUUGUCUUCGUCACAACCUACUGCGGUUUGACCAUCUUUUGUGCCGCUUGUACGGGCGCGCAGAACAUCGAGACCUUACUGGUCUUCCGAUUCUUGUCCGGUGCUUUCGGCUCCUCUCCCCUUACCAACUCGGGCGGUGUUAUCGCCGACAUGUUCAUGGCUCGCGAGCGAGGACUAGCCUUAUCGGCCUUCGCGUUGGCUCCAUUCCUAGGACCUGUCAUUGGGCCCAUCGCCGGUGGCUUCCUCGGUAUGUCUAGCGGAGGCUGGAAGUGGGUGAUGGGUCUCUUGGGCAUCCUUUGUGCUGUGAUGUGGUUCUUGGGAGCCGCGUUAAAACCUGAGACCUAUGCCCCCGUUCUUCUUCGCCAGCGCGCGAACACACUCUCCAAGCUCACAGGUCAGGUGUACUGUAGCAAGUUAGAUAUCGAUCAAGGACGUCUCACUUUGAAAGCCGCUUUGAAAAUCUCUUUGUCGCGACCCAUGAUUCUUCUUUUUCAAGAACCUAUCGUCUUACUGCUCUCGAUCUACCUUGCUAUCAUCUACGGAACCCUCUAUAUGCUUUUCGGCGCCUUCCCGAUUGUGUAUCAGAUUCAUCGUGGAUGGAACCAAGGUGUCGGCGGCUUGGCUUUCAUCGGUGUUAUGAUUGGUAUGAUUGGUGCGGUUGCGUAUUCCAUUCCUGAAAACCAGCGCUACGCGAAACUCCUGAAGAAGAAUGGUGGCUAUGCGCCUCCAGAAGCCCGCCUUCCCCCGUGUAUGCUGGCCUCUAUUGCCCUCCCUAUUGGACUCUUCUGGUUCGCAUGGACCAACUCUCCGUCCGUCCACUGGCUUGUAAGCGUCGCUUCUGGAGUUCCCUUCGGGUUCGGAAUGUUGCUCGUCUUCCUCAGUGUCUUCAACUACCUAAUCGAUGCUUACACCAUCUUCGCUGCAUCUGUCUUGGCAGCCAACACACUACUCCGGUCGUUGUUCGGAUUUGCAUUCCCGCUGUUCACGAAAUACAUGUACGAAGAUCUUGGGAUCCAUUGGGCAUCCUGUGUUCCGGCUUUCUUGGCUCUUGCAUGUGUGCCUUUCCCCUUCCUGCUCUAUAAGUAUGGACUGUCUAUCCGAAAACACUGCAAGUAUUCUGCGCAGUCUGAGGCCUUUGUUCAAAAUCUUGUUCGGGGACUCCAAAAGCCCACCGAGUCUGCCGAGACUGAGCCUGAGAUGUCCCAAAUCCCAUCGGCAAAUGAUGAAGUCGCAUCACUCUCUCACAACAAGGAGACCCCCGCGGAUGCUCGCUCAAUCCAUCACACUCUUUCGCGCACUUCCACCAAUGCCACGCAUGCCAUGCAUCGGGUGCCCACAUAUGAAGCCAACCCUUACAACGUCGACCGUGUGCAUACACGGGAGUCGUUCAAAUAA